UACACAUAGCGCUUAUUUUAAAAUUUUGUCAAUAGAUUCAAAUCCGAUGUACUUAGGUUUGAAAGAUAUGUAUGUGUGUAUCUAAUUAUUUAUUACCUAUUGUUAGUACUGGAAAUCUAAUUUAUUACCUUUUUAAUAUUAAAUAAUUCUAGUUUUGUAUAUGCUUACAAAUAAAAAUAUAUAGUGUUUAUAUUUGUAGGGUAGUUGUAAAUAUUUUUAAGAUUUUUUUGUGAUAGGUAAAAGUGUUGUCCUAUUUAACCUCUUAUUUUUAAUUAUAAAUUAAAAUUUUCAAGAUCGGUCUGAAUACGCGACAAAAAAUCCCAUUUAUGAUUAAAAUCAGCUAAAAUGCGUAUACAUCCACGCAUAUUGACGUCGGCGAUAGCUUUUGCGAUUACUUGUGUUGUUUCCACGGCGGUAUAUUAUUACAAGAGUAGGAACACCGAAUUAAAUGAAGUGAUGGUGUUUUGUAAAUUACAAUACAACGCUUAUAACUAUUUCGAUAAGUUAAUUAGUUACAUAGAAGCCGCCAAGCAUAGUGUGAACGUCUGUAUGCCGGGAAUUCAUAACCCAGCCAUCCAGAGCCGGCUGGUCCAGUUAAUAAAGAGGAAGAAUAUUAUAGUGCGCAUCAUAAUAGACCAAGCUGGGUAUAAUGAUUCAACAGAGUUCCUUAUAAAGGAGCUUCUUAAUGCUGGCGCGAAAAUCAGAUAUAAAGUUAACGAUCACAUAUACAGAAUGCAACACAAGUUUUGCUUGGUAGAUGACGAGGUACUCAUGACUGGAACACUGAAUUGGGGUAAUGAGCGCACUUCCGACCAUUGGAACUAUGUAUACAUAACUAGUAAGAAGCAGUUAGUUGAUCCAGUUAGGAGCGGGUUCUAUGCAAUGUGGAACGAACAUUCAAGUGAUAUGAAUAUAGACACCCAAUCAUAUGAAAGUGAUUUAGAAACCGAAUUCUCCGAAGAUGAAUUAAACAGCGAACAUAUAGAAAAAAUUACUGAAAUGGAAAUAAUUAGAGAAAAUGAAUCAACUACCGUAUAUAUACGCUAAUAUGUUACUAGCUACAAUUGUGAAACUGAAAAUUUUCAAUUUAAACAUAUCCAAUUGAAAACUUUUUUAUUGUUUUUAUGUAAUAGACUUUAAAUUAUUGUUAAUAUUUAUAAAAUACCAUAAACACGUUUUUAAUAAUUAAUUGUUGCAAUGUAUUGCUCGGCAAAGCUGGCCUUUGCCUGCCUAAUUGUAUUUCCUAAUUUGCUAGCAUCUUUGCUAUCCAAUAUUAUUUCCCUUAGGAUGGAACUGCUUUUUAUAAAGAAAAGUAUUUCUUUAUUCUAUACUUAAUAUAUUCUUGUCUUUUUCCGUUGCUAUAAUGUCUAUUAUAAUCCUUAUUAUAAACUGUAUAUUUUUACGGUCAGCUUUGUACAUUUUAUUUUUAUAGUGAUAUUUUAGGUUUAUAAAAUUAAAUAAAACAAAGUAGUCUUGAA